AUGCCGUUAACAAUGCCAUUAUCCUCUUUUCGUUACGUUCAACCGUCAGAAGGCGUAAGUUUAUCUACUACAAUAUAAUUUUCGCAAUUUUGUCGCUUGUAAAUAAAUAAACUAAACGUAUUUUUUUCAGUUUUACGCAUCAGAUGCUAACGGAGCUUUAUUAUUGGUAUUGGACCGUGAAAAGCUGAUUCUCAUGAAGAGCUACAAUGUUUUACACAGCUUCACUUUGUCUCAAGACUCGUCAAAGUUUGGAUAUAAAGGACAGAAGCUGGUAGGAGUGCUGAAGCAGUUUGGAGUUGUAAGUUGUUUUUUUAUUGGUUUAUUUUAUGUUUAGGAGCAUUCGAUCAAGUUUUCAGCUCAAAAUGCUGUGGAUGUUGUGCGAUUUGUUGAGAUGAUUCGACCUUUUGUUCGAAGGGUCUCGGAGAAGAUCCAGCAAACGCCGGUAAAGCAACCUCCGGAAACUUUGGUGAGUUUUUAUUGUUUAGUAUAGAAUUUAGCAACUUCUGAGGGUAAAAAUUGGUUUCAAUGUCUUGGAAAAUGUAGAAAAUUUGACUAUAUGCUCUAUGACAUCAGAAUGACCUCAUGGUUAAUAUAAAUUCGACCAUAACUUUGGAUUUAAGGCAUAAUUUGAGUGGAAAUUGAUUGUUUUAGAUAAAGAAGGAUCUUGCAGAACUUUGGAUGGCAAAAUUGGCAGAUUAUUUUUAUUUAACUUGUUAGAUAUUAGACUAUAUUGACCAUGACAUCAAUUUGAUGCUAUGGUUAUAUAAAUUAGGUCUUAACUGUUUCAAUUGAGCUAUCUUUUGGCAGAAACUUACUUUAAUAGUAAAAAAAUAAUACGUUUUAGCUUCUAAACUUAAAAAUUAAGCAAAGAGUUCAUCAAAACGCUUUUAAAUUACAAAAAUAUUGUUGUAGGUACCAACCGAUUCAUGUGCAUCGCUCUACAGACAACUCAAAUCAGAUUCUUACACACCUUUAACCAAUUAUUCUUAUGCUCAGACUUGUUCUUCGUCAAUUCAGACUAAUUCUUAUGUAGAACCAUCGAGUAACAUCAACAGAAGAUUGAUCGAAGACUUUAUGGAUGAGAUCGACAAACCUCAACCAGCUAGUUUAGCGCUGCCAGACACGUUUAGUACGUUGAGAAGCCGUACUUAUGGGCCAAGUGAUACUCAAAGUUAUCGUGCUGUUGUUCAGAAUCAUCAAGAAACUCAAACUGAUGCCAAUUCUGAGAAUUUAGGGGGCAACCCUCAGGUAUGGUAAUAUAAUUUUUUAUUUGUGUUUUAGGUGGUAAAAUGAAGUAAAUUGGCACUACUAUUGCUAAAAUGAUGAAUUUUACUUUUAGAAGCAGUUCAAGGAUUCAGAAACAAUGACAUCACCUAAAAAAAUGCCAUUAGAAGACCGUGUUAACAUUAUCAAUGGUCUAACUCAAUGUGUUAAGCAUUUUAUGGGAGAUGUUCACAAAACUAUGGACAAAAUAUCAGCGGAUUAUGGUGUAGAACCGACAGUUGUUCGAUGUGGUCAACAGAAACGAGGAAGGCCAUCUAAAUACAAAUCAGAUGGCGGUGCUUUCAAGCCCAUUUAUACUAAAAAGCCGGCUGUCAAGAAAACAAAAAAACCGUUUAUAACGUUGAGUAAUCAAAAGUAUUGGUCAGGUAUGUUUUGAGCAAUAUUAAACGAAAUUUUAAUUUUUUUUUGUUAUUUAGGAAAAAGUUAUGUUACACUUGGUUUUUGGAUGUUGUUUUAGAAAUUUGAUGGUUUUGCCGCAAUUUUAAAUCUUUGUCUUAUCAGUUUAUCAUGUAAAAGGUGUAAAAGAUACUAGUUUAGCAGAUAAAGUUUAGUUUUGGCCAAGAAGAUGUCAGAAAGAUGAGUUAUACUUAAAUUUAUAUUAACCAUGAAAUCAACUUGAUGUAAUGGUGAAUAUCUUUAAAAAUCAGAUGGAUAAUAGGAAAUUUUUGUUUUUAAGAGUUAGGUAAGAGUGCUCGGUAGUAUUUCCGUCAUAGGUUUUGUUUUAAUUUGGCAUAUUUUUAAAGUUAUGGAUAAUUUAUAUUAGCCGUGACACCAAUUUGAUGUCAUGGUGAAUAUCUUUAAAAAUAUGACGGUUCCUGUAUAUUUAUAGCUCAUUUUUUGUUUUUAAAAGUUGGCUAAAUGCAUUAGGUACUAUUUACAAGUCAGUUUUGGUACGAUUUGGCUAAAGUAAUAAAUUUAUGAUUAAAAUUAUAUUAACCAUGGCAUAAAAUCUGUGUUUUGACGAAUUUUUUAAAGAUUACUUACCUUUUAGAACAUAAUUUUGAAUAUUUUCAGGCUUUUUCGAUGGAGCCAAGAAGCCAAGCAAGAAAACCAAGCCAAAUGAUGUUGAGGAAGUGCCCAAUGUUGGAGUAAAUGGAAGGCCGAUGAGAAAGAGUGCCAUUUCCGCGCAACACAAGAUCAGAAAGGCGGCUCACGAUGAGAUUAACCAAGCAUAUUUAAAGAAAAAAACUGGCCAAAAACCAAAAAUGGCACCAGUACCAAAACCGGCAUCAAACUCGCAAUUAGUACCAGAAUCAGCAUCCAAAAGUGUACCAGUACCAACGAUGGCACCAGUAACUCACAUCGAAAGCGCUAUUGAAAUGUUCCUUCUGGAAGGCAUUUGA